UAAGCAUCACUGUUGCGUUUGCGCAGACUCUUUGAGCGCUCGCAUUCUAUCGCUAACUCCGCGCCGGCGCCUACCUACAAACUGCUUAACAAAUCGUGAAAUGAGCGUGGUAUUGUGAAAAUAAAUUGUGAAUUAUCAAAUUGAACUUUGAUAGUUAUUUGACAACGAAAUGGCUAUUUUAACUUUUGAAAAGUUUACAGGGGUGGUGCCCGUGCGGUUUAACGUAUGGGUAAUGCUGUUCACGAGCUGCUGGGUGGCUUACAUGCUGAGAGUCAACAUGAGCCUCAACAUCAUCGCAAUGGUGCCGCAAGUCGAGAGCAAUACCACGUCACAUUCUCAGUGUAACGCUAAAGAUGAUCCAAUAAGGAACGAAACUUUAAGGCACGCUGACAUCGCGGACGUCAGACAGGCUCCGAGACAGAUACCUGGCGCCGGGUCUUUCGACUGGAGCCCUGAGCAACAAGCCAUGAUCCUCGGCUCGUACUUCUGGUGCUACCCCGUGACGUCAUUAGUGGGCGGCAUGGCGGCGGAGCGCUGGGGCCCGCGCUACGUCGUGCUAAUAACGUCACUGCUGAGCGGACUGUUGACCAUUCUGAGUCCCGCUGCGGCACGUCUGCAUUAUGUCGCUAUUGUCGUCGUACGGUUUAUACUCGGGAUUGCUGGCGGUUUCAUCUACCCGGCGCUCCACGCUUUAAUCGCACGAUGGGCGCCACCGACAGAAAAGGGAAAAUUCGUCAGCGCAAUGAUGGGAGGAACCAUGGGUACUGUGAUGACUUGGUCUGUCACUGGUCCUUUAGUGGAGAAAUUCGGAUGGGCCUCAGCUUUCUACGUUCCAGGCGUGUUGACUCUGAUCUGGUGUGCAGUGUGGUGGUAUAUUGUGGCCGAUUCACCGGCAGAACAUCCGAGAAUCAGUGAUAAAGAGAGGAAGUACAUUCAGGAUGCUCUGGGAGACAAAGUCAAGAAAUCAAAGGGCCUCCCGCCGUUCAAGAGUAUUGUGACAUCGCUUCCUUUCCUGGCCAUGGUUAUAUUGCACUACGGAAAUCUCUGGGGCUUGUACUUUAUAAUGACCGUGGGGCCAAAGUUCGUGUCAAGCGUGCUAGGCUUCCAGCUCUCUGCCGCCGGUGUCAUAUCAGCUCUACCGUAUUUGGCCAGAUUAUUCCUAUCAGCGAUAUUUGGAGUGCUCGGGGACUGCAUUUUGGCGAGAAAUCUUAUGACGACGACACAGAUUAGGAAAUUCUUUUGUUUGUUCUCGCACAUAAUCCCUGGGGUGUUUUUAAUAUUGCUGGUGUACGCGGGGUGCUCGACGGCAUUGUCCGUUGCCUUGAUCACUCUGUCGAUGGGGGCCAAUGGCGCGGCGACACUCACCAACCUGCAGAACCACCAGGACCUCGCACCGAAUUACGCCGGGAGCUUGUAUGGCAUUGCCAAUGCUAUUGGAAGCACUGCUGGGUUCUUCACCCCGAUGAUUACAGCUUACUUUACAAGGAGUGGGAAUGGCUUUGAGCAGUGGCGACCGGUAUUUUUCAUCGGAGCCUCGGUGUACAUAGUAGCAGCCGUUUUCUUCAUAUUCUUUGGAACUGGAGAGACUCAAGACUGGAACUUUCCUAAAGAGAAGGACGAGGAGUCAGAUAGCAAAUCAAAGAAGAUCGAUCUCAAAGAUGCGAAAGAGACUCCACUUAGUGUAAUUAGUUCCUAGUAAUAUUUAGAAAAAAUGUUUAUCUAAUUUAGAUUUAUUUAUAGGACUUUUAAAUAUGAUAACGGUAUCGGAGUAUAAACCGAUUUCAUGAAUCGACUUUAAUCAUAAGGCUAGGUAUCAUUUAGUAGGUAUGUUUCAUUUAUGAUACCUUUGAAUCAUAAAGAAGUUCAGCCAUUACUUGCCAUUUGACCUGUUUUCACAAAAAGUGGAUAGCCUUGGAAAACACUGUCGAUUUAUUCCUUCUAAAGUAGCUAAACCCACUCUUGUAUUUAUUUUUCUAAAAAUAGUAUUAUUAUUUUUUAUUUGUGUCGAUAACAGUAACAGUGUACUCAGUCUAAGAUGAUUAGCAUCAAUAUACUAUUAAUAGGCAUUUAUAAAGAAGUAAAAUACAAAUUAUGCAUAUUUAUUGUAGCCUAUAUCUGUACUGUAGAUUUAUAAUUAUAUUUUAUUUAGGUGCUUACCAGAAAGUUUAGAAAGAUUGAAUGUAUAAAUGAUGUUUAAUGUAGAUAAUAUUUAACUGACAAAAUAAUAAUUUAUUCAUAUACGAGUAUAAAAUUUAACAGACUGUGAUUACAUUUAUUUAAUAUUUUACCAAAUCGUGACCAAAUGGAUUGUGAUGUAGUUUUAGAUUUAUUUAGUACCGAUUGCUCAUUCCCGUGGCUUGAGAGGACUAAAAUCUCAACACUUUGAGAUUCAUACAAAUUUUAGGCAACUGCGAUAUUAUCAACGCUUCGCUUACGCUCAAAUACGUAAUCGACAAUAGAAAAAAAAAACUGUAUUAUUUUACUUUUGUCACACUGGUAAGUAGAGAUUAUUCUCUCUGUGGGUGUGAUGUAACAUUGUUGAAAAAUCUCAACCACACACGUUUUAAUCAAUGUAAGAUUGAUGUUGAUAAAUAUAUCAUUGGUGCAGAUGCUGAGAAUUAAGUCCCUGGCUAGAUUAUUGUAAGCAACCCAGCGAAUAUAAAAAAAUGUGGCUGCCAUCGAAACUCGAAUGUAUAUCCUACUAUAUUUUUUAUCUUUUGGGUGAUCGUUUAUAUUAAACAAAUUUAUGUAAGAGCUUGACAUUCCUCUGUUAUCGUAUUUUUAGACUACAAACGGUUUAAUGUUAUAGGUGAUACAAGAUUUAUGGAGGCGAUUGUACGCAUUAAUCUCAGCAUAUUAUGUUAUAAGAGCAACCCUAAAAUCUCCAAAAAACAUCGUGUUUUAUACUAACUAUUACAGCUUCAAUCAUAAGUUUUUUUUACAAAAUACUAUAAGUAUUAUUAAUUUGCCCAGCAUAGGUUAUAGGGCAUAGAAAUUUUGAGAGCAUGUAUGUCAAAAUAUAAUAGAUAUUUACAUAGAUAUAUUAUUUACGAAUCCUUAUCAUCUAAAAAAAUGUUUUAUUGAGUAAUAACUCGUUCGAUCUAAAAACAGUUUCAAGGCUUUUUUAAACUGAUUGAACUGUAGUAAUUGUAUGUCUUGUGGUAUUUAUUAAAUAUUCUUAGAGCCAUUACGAUCACAUUUUUUCGGAAUAGCAUUGUCUUGGGUACAAUAGAAUCUUAGAGCAUUUACCAACCGGAGACGCCUUGUCUGUAAUUUUCUGUAUAAAAUAGUAUCCUGAUUUUUGCGGGGAAGGGGAACGUCAAAUGUAUGGUAACGUUCAAAUAGCCAUGUCAGAUAAACGUCACUCCAUACAAUAAGUAUGACGUGAGUAUGACCUUUGGCCGAGGUUUUCGACAGAGGGGUAAGCUCCUAAAGGCGACUCCGGUCGGUUAAAUGCUCUAAGCUAAGAAUAAAUGGGAGCUAUAUUUCACAGAAACAUACAUUUCAUAAAUAUAUAGACUUGGAAGGGUUAGAAUCUUAAGAUUUGGAUAAUAAGGCUUACAGGAAUCUUAAACGCUAAUACCACACAAAGAACUAACACACUUUUUCUGAGCUAUAAAUGCCAUUUCUCGGUCUGUAGAGUUGCCCAAAAAUAUUAUACCGUACCUUAAAAGUUGACGUUACAAAGGCAUGGUAAGCGGUAAGCUUUUUCUUAAAUUAUAUAAUGCAUGUUGGUUUAUUGUCUACAUGCAAUCCUAGAAAUUUGGUAAUGUUCGUGUCAUCAACUUUUGUCCCUGAUAAACUACAUUUAGAUAUGUUAUUAUUCGCUAGCAUGUUUUUAAUGUGAUCUUAGAGUUACUACUAUUGUAAAAUUUUAUUAUAAAAAUUAGUACAAAUCUUGCAUCACCUAUAAAAAUAUCACCCAGUAUUAUUCGUUCCGAUUUUAUGUAAUUGGUCCAAUGCUAUUUAUUAAUACGACAUUUUUACAGCAUGAGGUAUUUAAGUUAUUGUUAAAGCUGAUACACAUGCGAGUGCACAUACAUUAUCAAUGUAAGUGGACGAUUUACUGUUGAAUUCAAGACAUGUGUAUGUCAUCGGCACGUUUAUGUAUUAAUAUUCCGUUGUUGCGGAUGUUACCUAAGAUAUUACGUUAUGUGACGUUAACGUCUGCUGUGUUGACCGCUCGUGACCCAUUUUAGUCAAAAUUUAGUGUGACAAAAUAAUAUGACGUAACCUAUUUAAAAUAUUUACUUAAUUAAAUACAUGCGGAAAUAUGAUCGGUAUUAAUAAGCUUUCUUAUCUGUUUUAUCUCUAUUGAUGAAAAUUUAAAUUUGAAUAAACUCGAUAUGACAUGUA